AUGGGGAAGGAGCAGGAGCUGCUGGAGGCCGCCCGCACCGGCAACCUGCCCGCCGUGGAGAAGCUGCUCUCGGGCAAGCGCCUCAGCUCGGGCUUCGGCUCGGGGGGCGGCAGCGGCGGCGGCUCCGGGGGCGGCGGCGGGGGGCACCCGCUCUCCAGCCUGCUCAGCAUCUGGAGGGGACCAAAUGUGAACUGUGUUGACAGUACUGGAUACACUCCGCUGCACCAUGCUGCUUUGAAUGGCCACAAGGAUGUGGUGGAAGUUCUGCUGAGGAACGAUGCGCUAACCAAUGUGGCAGACUGCAAAGGUUGUUACCCUCUUCACUUGGCAGCCUGGAAAGGAGACGCAGAGAUAGUAAAACUUCUCAUCCAUCAGGGACCCUCCCACACUAAAGUGAAUGAACAGAAUACUCUUGAGAUCAAAGAACUCAAAAAGUACGGCCCUUUUGACCCCUAUAUCAAUGCCAAGAAUAACGACAAUGAGACCGCGCUGCACUGUGCUGCUCAGUAUGGUCACACGGAAGUUGUGAAGGUUCUCCUGGAGGAGCUGACGGACCCCACGAUGCGCAAUAACAAGUUCGAGACGCCUCUGGAUCUGGCCGCGCUCUACGGAAGGCUGGAGGUCGUGAAGAUGCUGCUGAAUGCUCACCCCAAUCUUUUAAGCUGCAACACUAAGAAACACACACCCCUGCACCUGGCAGCUAGGAACGGACAUAAAGCUGUAGUCCAUGUCCUCCUAGAUGCCGGCAUGGAUAGCAACUACCAGACUGAGAAGGGCAGUGCUUUGCACGAGGCUGCUUUGUUUGGCAAGACAGAUGUGGUACAAAUAUUGCUGGCUGCAGGUAUUGAUGUGAAUAUAAAAGAUAACCGAGGCCUGACAGCUCUGGAUAUUGUGAGGGAACUUCCUUCUCAGAAAAGCCAACAAAUAGCAGCUCUCAUUGAAGAUCACACAACUGGGAAGAAGAGUGCAAAAGCGGCAGAGAAGGCUCUGCCAACACCUGUCAUUCCUGCCACUGAACCUGCAGUCCGGAUACCACAGGGUGAUGUGGAGAAAGCAGUGACUGAACUGAUCAUAGACUUUGAAAUGAACCCAGAGGAGGAGUGUCCUUAUGAAGCUUUAUACAAUGCGACAUCCUGCCACUCGCUGGACAGCCUGGCCAGUGGGAGGUCUUCAGACAGAGACUCUGUGAAUAAGGAAGCAGAGACAACGGGUCUUAAGGCAGCAGGAAUCAGGCCUAGAGAGCGUCCACCCCCUCCUGCCAAGCCACCCCCUGACGAAGAGGAGGAGCACGUGGAGAAGAAGCUAGGUCGCAGUGCUUCAUGUGAGGUCUCUGUGGUGCGGAGGAAGAGCAGGGGAAGUGCAGCCGAAGAAGAGGAGCAUCCUUAUGAGCUGUUGCUUACCGCAGAAACUAAAAAGCCGCUUGCAGUGGAUAGAAAAACAAAAGACCACAGGAGGAGCAGUGGUAGCCGGAGCCAAGAUUCUGCAGACAGCCAGGACAUCCAGGUCCCGGAGCAGUUUUCAGGGUUGCUCCAUGGCUCUUCCCCGGUGUGUGAGAUAAAUGAGGACCCUUUCAGGCUCAUUUCUUCUGUGGCCAAAGGAGGCACAGAGGGCACAGGCCACUCACCUGCUAUGCAGUUGGAGGAUGCUGAUUUACCUAUAUCUGGAUCAGUACGGACCAGUUCUCCUGAGCAAAACCAGAAAGCGAUCUACGCAACGGUCCAGCCCAAAAACAUCCAACAGGCAGAACCUGAAACUGCAGUGACUCCCCAAGCACUGCAGCACCCUGGUGGUGCAGAGGAAGAGGGAGACAGAGGCGGUGCUGGGGGCCGAGCCCACCUGGGAGGCAAGCCCAAAGCAGAGCUCAAACUCAGCCGUAGCUUGUCCAAAUCAGAUUCCGACCUCCUGACCUGCUCACCGACUGAGGACGAUGCCAUGGGGAGCCGGAGCGAAUCGCUCUCAAACUGCAGCACUGGGAAGAAAAGGCUGGAGAAAUCUCCGUCUUUUGCUUCGGAGUGGGAUGAGAUUGAGAAAAUCAUGAGCUCCAUCGGUGAAGGCAUUGACUUUUCUCAGGAACAGCAAAGGAUCUCAGGUUCGCGGAUGCUGGAGCAGAGCGUCGGGGAGUGGCUGGAGUCCAUCGGCCUGCAGCAGUAUGAGAGUAAGCUGCUUUUGAACGGCUUUGACGAUGUCCGCUUCCUGGGCUGUAACGUAAUGGAAGAUCAGGACCUUCGGGAGAUCGGGAUUAGCGACCCGCAGCACCGCAGGAAACUUCUCCAGGCUGCACGUCCCCUUCCCAAGGUGAAAUCUCUGGGUUGCGAUGGGAACAGCCAGCCUUCAGUUCCCGCUUGGCUUGACUCUUUGGGGCUGCAGGACUACAUUCAGUCCUUCCUGUCAAGUGGCUACAGCUCUAUUGAUACUGUGAAAAACCUCUGGGAGCUUGAAAUAGUAAAUGUGCUGAAGGUGAAUUUGCUUGGCCAUCGGAAGCGAAUCAUUGCCUCCUUGGCGGACAGACCAUAUGAGGAGCCACCCCAGAAACCACCGCGGUUCUCACAGCUGAGGUGCCAGGAUCUGAUGUCCCAGACUUCCUCACCGCUGAGCCAGACUGACUCCUACACGGGGAGGUCUGCGGAGCUCUUGCUGCCUUCGGGGGAUACUGGGAAGAGGCGACAUGACAGUGGCCAUGAUGCUGCUUCUCACCCCAGAGCCGACAGAUACAAAGCACAGGAGGAGCAUCGUGAGUCCAGGCUGACUCUCAGGCCCCCAAGUCUCGCUGCGCCAUAUGCGCCUAUCCAGAAUUGGCAACACCAGCCUGAGAAGCUCAUCUUCGAGUCCUGCGGGUAUGAGGCCAACUAUCUGGGCUCCAUGUUAAUCAAAGACCUGCGAGGGACGGAGUCGACACAGGAUGCCUGUGCAAAGAUGAGGAAAUCCACGGAGCAUAUGAAGAAGAUCCCAACCAUAAUAUUAUCCAUCACUUACAAAGGGGUGAAGUUCAUAGAUGCUUCUAACAAGAAUGUUAUCGCCGAGCACGAAAUCCGGAACAUCUCCUGUGCGGCCCAGGACCCCGAAGAUCUCUGCACGUUCGCCUAUAUCACCAAGGACCUGCAGACCAGCCACCACUACUGCCAUGUCUUCAGCACCGUCGAUGUGAACCUGACGUAUGAAAUCAUCCUGACGUUGGGACAAGCGUUUGAAGUCGCCUAUCAGCUGGCCCUCCAAGCUCAAAAAUCAAAACCCACCGGUGCUUCGGCAGCGGAAAUGAUAGAAACGAAAUCUUCCAAACCGGUGCCUAAACCUAGAGUCGGCGUGAGGAAAUCCGCACUGGAGCCAUCUGAAGUGGACCAAGACUCCCAGUCUCAUGCCAGUGUCUCCUGGGUUGUUGAACCCAAACAGGAUUCUAAGAGGACCCUCAGCACUAAGUAUGAGACCACUAUCUUCUAA